ACAACUACUGACACCUUCAUCUCUUCAUAGACAACAACGGGAAAAUAAUUCUUCAUCGCAAAGGCAAAGAAACAAAGAAAAGAUGAUCCCUCUAUUUUCUGUCUUCUUUGCGAUCAGUCUGCAAACAUUUGUUGAUGCACAAGAUAGCCAAGCAAGGAUUACAGUCUAUGGCCACACAGGUGACAAUAUCACGCUGCCUUGUCACUUGAGCGGCCAGGCCGAUAUGUUUGGAAACCGAAUCAAGUGGACCAAGCUUGAAGAUGACGCUACAGAACUGGAUGUGAUUAUCUCCAUGGGCUUUCACAAGAAAACCUACGGAAAUUUCCUGAACCGUGUUUACCUGCUGGAAGCAGAUGAACAUGAUGCAACCUUGGUUAUAACUCAUUUAGAUGUGACAGAUUAUGGCACGUACAGAUGUGAGAUCAUAAAUGGCAUGAAUGACAUAAUCAUUGAAGUGAACCUCGAAGUGGAUGGGGUUGUUUUCCCAUACUCGCCGCGUCUGGGGCGUUAUAACCUCAAUUUCCAUGAUGCCGAGGCUAUAUGUCGGGAGCAGGAUGCUGUGGUGGCCUCCUUUGAGCAGCUGUAUGGGGCGUGGAGAAAUGGUCUGGAUUGGUGCAAUGCUGGCUGGCUUAAUGAUGGAACCGUGCAGUACCCUAUCACCAAACCCAGACAGGCCUGCGGUGGAGGCCAGAUUUCAGCUGGACUGAGAAACUAUGGUCGGCAGCACAGGUCCAACAGUCGCUUUGAUGUGUUUUGUUUCACAGCAGGCCUCAGAGGAAGAUUUUACUACCUGAUCCAACCACAAAAGCUGUCCUAUGAUGGGGCUGUGGCUGCAUGCAAGAACAAUGGAGCCGAGAUCGCAAAGGUGGGCCAUAUCUACGCUGCCUGGAAGCUGCUGGGAUAUGACCGCUGUGAUGCUGGUUGGCUGGCUGAUGGUAGCGUUCGUUACCCCAUCUCAAGGCCCAGGAAGAACUGCAGUCCCACUGAGGCUGCGGUUCGCUUUAUUGGUUUUCCUGACAAAAAACAGAAGCUUUAUGGUGUUUACUGUUACAAACCUCAGGCGUGAAAAACUGCAUCUCAUAUAAUACCCACCAAAGAGCAGCACAUAAACCGUUUUUGCAUCGAAGUAUUGAAGGACUUUUUGCAUGAACUAGCCAUAACUGUGAGACUUAUUAGGGAUGCUGGAAAGAAAGGUUUCAUACUGCAGGAUUCAAUCUAAACUCAGCUUAUCUGUUAUUACUUUUUACUUUACUUAUUACAAUUUAUACAACGUACAGUACAUAUGAACAAAAGAAUAACAUAAACUGCAUUUUUUUAGGAUAGUCAGCUAAAAAAGUUACAGUCAGUCACCUUUCAAAAGAAUAUGAAUAAAUUCAAAAUAAGUUUGUUUUUUGUGACUAGUAAUUGUGACAGCCAUAGAACAUUUUAACAAUAUUAAAAUUAAAAACAGACAAAAAGUUGUUCAAACUUGCCAGAAUGAAAUGUAAAAGCAACUCUAAAUGGAUCUGACAUCUUUCAGUUUUAGAACUUUCAGAAGUUAGAAUUUUCUUAAAUGUUAAAUGUGAAUUUGUUUUAUUCUGUUGCUAAAUGUCAAGACUGACGUUUUUACUUAACUGCUUGAAAUAUAAAAAAAUGUUGAGUGUUACUAGCAUACUUGCAUUGUUCUAUUGUAACUCACAUUCCCCAUUGUCUAGUCUCUUUAUGCUUUUGUAAUAUAUCCUCACCAUUUUGUCAAUUUUUGUCAAAGGUUCAUUAAUCCAUAGAUCUUGUCCUUAAUGGUAUUUGUUAAGAUAAAAUUAAACUACAAACGACCUUGACAGAUAUCUCAUUCCAAGUGACUGAAUUUUACAAACUAAUGCUAAUGAUUCUAUUAAAUUUCAUGUUUGGUGGUGAGCUAUAAACACACAACACUUAUACGAACAAGCAGAUGAGAAUGUUUCAGAUCCCCGUUCUAUGCCACAUUUUAAGACAGACUUGAGCCUUAUAGUUGCUUAAGUGUAAAUCACUCCUUACACAAGACAAUUGCUUCAAUAUAUGGCUCCUGGCAGUUUCAACUCUUAGGCACAAUGUGAAGUCCUCAACAUAAUAAACAUCUCUGUUUGCCAAUG